AUGUCCAGCUACCCUGAGCCCGACAGCCAGCAGCAUUACACUUUGUAUCCUGCUCCGGGCCAGCAACAAUUGUUGGACCCUGUCCAGCAGGAUCAGUUACAGUUCAGUCAACUCGGUCAGCUUGGUCAAGCCAUCUAUCCCAAGGCCGAAGGCGAGGUCGAUCCCAACGCGCCAAACCACAUCGAACAGCGCAUCGAGCAGCUGCAGCAGCAACAGCCACACUCUCAGCCUCAACAUCAGCACCAACAUCAACAUCAGCAUCCUCUGCAACAACACGACCAGCACCAUGACCAACAUCAACAACCUCCCUUAGGCCCCCCUCCACCACCGCAAACUGCACAACCUCAAGGUCCCCAAGUUCAAGGGGAGACUCCACAAAAAGCCAAUCGUCUGCGCAAGGCAUGCGACUCGUGCAGUAUUCGCAAGGUCAAGUGUGACGAGUCUGGUCCGCCAUGCCGAGCUUGCGCUGCUCUGGAUAUCCCUUGCACAUUCGAACGUCCAAGUCGCCGUCGUGGUCCUCCAAAUCGUCAUGCAGAAGCAAUUAAGCGUCGCCGUCUCGAGGAGUCGCCGCACAUUAGCGGCCAGUCGACGCCCUCUUCUCCUACUCAUGCCGCACAAGCUCUAGCAGCUCUGUCUUCUCAUCCCACUCACCCUCCCAUCUCGGCCGAAUCCAUUUGCGACAUUCAGACCCUGGAUCUUCUCGUCAACGACUUCUUUACAUACAUCCACCCGCUGUGCCCCUUCCCACACGAACCCAGCUUCCGUGAGGCCUGGAAGAGAAGAGAAGACUACAACAACCGUGCUUUCCUAGCACUGCUGUCGUCAAUGGUUGCCGCCCUUGUCGCGUCCUUCCCACGCAAGCCUAGACUGCACCUCAAGGCACAACGCAGAGAGCUUGACUUCCCCAACCACAUGGCGCUUGUGCUGAAAUGUCAGAAGGUUUGCGCCGAUGCUCGUGGACCAGGCUAUCUCGACAACGAGAACCUGAGUGUCCAUGAUGCUGCAACCAGCUACUUCCUCGGUCUCUCAGCUUGCUACACAUUCAGAUGGCGUCAAUGUCGCUUAUACUGGAGUGAAUGCCUGACUAUCAUCAGAGCUCUUGGUCUACACAAACCGACCGAGCAGAACUUCACGCGACUAGGAAUGUUGCCAGCAGCUGUUGGUUCGAAUGGUCCGAAUACUGAAGGCAAUCGUGACGACGUCCUUGAUAACAUUACUCUCGAGAUGGGCAGGAGAAUCUUCUGGACCAUGUUUGUGAGCUCAAAGACUAUCCAUCAGUGUGGCUCUGCUUUCAGCGAGCUUGUUAUCCCGCCCGAGACUCCAUCCAUGCCUUAUCCUCCACUCCCUGUUGAGGUCGACGACUUCUGCAUCUUCCCCGGACACAUCGAGCCGCAGCCUCCUGGUCUUGUUCCCAUGAUUGCCGGCUUCAAUGCUAAUGUCAGGAUCUUCAUGUCUUACAGUCCUCUUUCAACCAUGGAGCUGGCUUGGGGUGUUGAUGCCUUGGUUGAUAUCGAUCGUCAGAAGAAGGUCCUUCACGAUUCGCUCGAACGAUGCAAAUCAGCCACCAGAGAUUUGCCAACAGUGCUUGUCAUCUGGCCUACUGACAACAACCCCUUCGCCAACCACAACGGAAACGAACUCGGACUGGAUUUCUCAAGCACUUCAUAUGCACGCGAUCCAGCAACCCUGAACCCUAAUACAGUGGAUGCUACACCAGAGGACAGAAGAAGACGUCAAUACGAGAUCCAAAAAGCAAACAUCCACGGUAGCGGUCUUUGCACACGGUCUUAUAUUGUGGAGAAAUACUUUACUUUGAUCGAGGCGCAGGCCCGAAGCAAGCUACAGGCAGAAAACGCCGAAUCUGGCUUGUCGAGCGAAGUUGCUGCAGAGCUCGAUGGGUUGCUCUCAGAUGGAUCUUCUGCUGACGCACUGGACCGUGAGAUGUCAGAAGAGCGCGAAGUUAUCGUCAGGGACUUGCUUUCUGUUCUGAGCAGUAUCGACAGGGUGAACAUGGAGCCGAAUGCGGACAGUCUUACAACAAAAAUUCGCGUAGUAGCAAGCACCCUCCUCGAGGUACCCAAGUCCCGCAAGGGACAAGUGGCACAGCAAGCUGAGGAGUACCUCAAAGCGUUCCUCGACAUUCUGGUCAAGCUGGAACGCGUGAACCCUGGACAUGACGACCCUCAUAACCCCAACGACGAGGAGACUGAGCAGCGUCACUGGGCAGAUCUUCGUGAGUAUCAACUCAAGUUUGCGCAGCAAGGCGGACUGUCUAGUCUCGGUUGA